UUGCUCCUCCACAUCACUUCGCGAUCCGGACCCAGGACGACGAGCAUCUUCUCGUAGGAAGAGAACCCUCUGGAAGAACAAAAUGGCGGACCUCAAGCCCAAUGAAGUUGAACAGGCCCGUGAGCACUUCGAGAUCUACGACAUGUGCGCUGAGGGCAAGGUGGACUGCGCCGACCUGGGAUCCCUGCUGAGGUCCCUCGACCUGCGCCCCACCAACGCCACCAUCGAGAAGAACGGAGGCACCCAGAAGAGAGGUGAGAAGAAGAUGACGCUUGAGGAGUUCCUGCCCAUCUACAGCCAGAUCAAAAAGGACAAGGACAUGGGCACACACGCCGAUUUCCUUGAGGGUCUCAAGGUCUACGACAAGGCCGAGAACGGCCAGAUGCUCGAGGCUGAACUGGCACACGUCCUGCUUUCUCUCGGUGAGCGGUUGACCGACGCCGAAGUGGACGAGAUCAUGCAGUGCUGCGCGGGGACAGUAGACGAGGACGGGUUCAUCAAGUACGAGAACUUCAUCAAGAACGUUCUGGCUGGACCAUUCCCCGAGGAGCAGAAGGACAAGUAAAAAAAAAAGCCAGACUCGCCACGGGGGGGGGGGGGGGGGGGGGGGGGGUUAAAUAAGUCCAUGCGAAGUCGUCUCUGUUUUCCUUUCUAUCUCCACCCGCCCUUCUGCGUCCACCAUAGCGGUAAACUUUCACCACAGCCACGCGCUGCCCGACGAUAAACGUGGGAGCAGCUAAAACCACCGUCCCGUCCAAGACGAUGGCUGCGGGGGACAGUGGGAAGAUGAUUCGCCCGAAAGUGCCACAUGGUCGUCCACGAUAUUUGCUCACCCAUUUCCUGUCCUCCGAUUGGCCGGAUUUCACGAACGUCACAGCUCGCUUCGGCGCUCAGUUGGUGCGCGUUUUAGCUCGCACCAUCGGGCGCCGGAGUCACUGGUGGUCGCCGGGAACGCGAAGUGAUGAUCACACAAGGUCCACCCCACCUUAUACAAAGAGAAUGCUGAGGAGAACCGCUGACGACGAGGAGAUUGAAAAGUUGAAAAUGUAAUAAUUGUAAACCAUACGGAUGUAAGAGAUCGGGCAUGUACAAAUAAAGCGUCCCAGACCUGAGCAAGGUGCCUUAUAGGAAACGAUCACACUGUUUGGACAAUAAAGAGAAAAAGACGUGGAGUGCGUUCUCUUGUAAUAAACCGCGACAUUGUCA